AUGGGUAGCACCCCUCGUCGUCUUUCAGAAGAAAAAUGGAUCGAUCCUCCUCUGCGCAGACUACUCAACCGGACUGAACCAUGCACUGGAACAAAACCAGCAUCCGCUUCCAACCCCGGAGGACACUUUCACGAAACUCAACCGAGGACGCUACUUUUCACAGCUCGACUUAGUCGAAGCAUAUCUCCAAUUGGAAGUGGACGACGUCUCAAAGCAGCUUCUCAAUAUCAACACGCAUGUAUGGACUCUUCUGCUUUGGAUCCCGCUUCUUCUACUCCGGGAAAUUUUUGCAGAAUCCUCGCUUGUGCUCAGAGCGUCUGCAGUCGUGGCAUCUCUUCUUCACGAAUGUGCAGUCUCUAG